AGUUGUUCAGAACACACACAUCAACUAACACACUAUGCUAGAUUUGCACAACAAUUUGGAUCUUUCAUCAAAAUUUCUCGAAAUUACUUGGAUCUAAAUUUGCAUAUGUUUCACCUUGGAAGUGAGCUGCGCAGACAAUGGCGAGGCGUGGAGGAGCACAGCAGCUGCAGGCCGAAAUCAAUACGGACGAGGAACUAGAGAAGUUCCUAGCUCGUCCAGGAUUGCUCAUUUUGGAAGUUUACUCCGAGUGGUGUGGGCCAUGCCUGGGAGUGCUUGGGGCAUUGCGCAAAGUCAAGCUGGAAGUGGGCGGCGAGGCCAUGAGCCUGGCAAUAUGCAAGGCAGAUACCGUGACAGCUCUGAGGCGCUUUUACAAGAAGAGCGAGCCCACCUGGCUGUUUGUCGUGAAUGGCCGAGCUGUCAACCUGUUCUACGGGUCGGAUGCACCCAAAUUGGUGGCGCUCAUUGUGAAGGAGUUCGAGAGGUCGCAGUCCUCAGCCCCGCGGCCGACCUACGCCAUUGACGCGCUGCAGCCCAUCGAAGCGGAAGCACUCCGGGUCAAGAAAGAUGCCAUCGAGAAGGCUGAGCGCAUCGAGCGGGAGAAGCAGCACAAGAAGCGCAUUGACUACCUCACCCAUUGCACGGACGUUAUAAUGGAGAACUUGCCGGACAUUGGUGUGACAGUGUUUGGCCCGCAAGUCUCGCGCGAUAUGUUCAAGAAGCUCGCCGAGCCGGCGGAUCAUCUGAAAAUGCAGUGCAAGGAUCGAAAGUACAUUGAGGUGUUCGCAUCGGACUUUGAGGUCGUGAACUUUGCCUGCAAGAAUCCGCUGUCGACCGACGUCAUAGAGCAAUUGCAUGGCAAGGAGCUGCUCAUAUGCUUCUGGAAGAUCGACGAGUCCUCUGGGCCCAUACCGCACGUGCUGGCCACCUACGCCCACGAGCUGACGAAGGAGCGCGUCGCACCGCCCGACGACGACCAUCCAUCGCCGCAUCCAAUUCCGCCGAUCAUCUCGCCGAUGAAGGUCAAGUUCGAGGUUGAAGUGGAAGAGGGCGAAGUUUGGGUGGAGGAGAUCAGCUCAUCCGAAGAGGCCCGGCAGAAGGCGGCCGAGAAGAAGGCGGCCGAAAAGGCAAAGGCCGGCUCCCAGCCGGAUGAAGCCCGCAAGGAGGAAAUGGAAGACGAUGGCGAGGAAGAGGCCAGCGAGGAAGAGGAGGUGGUGCAAGCCAUCCAACCGGCCUUCCCGGGCAUGCCGCUGGACCUGGACCUGGGACUGGACGACAACGUUGCCACCGAAGAGGAGGCCGAGGAAGAAGAGGAGGAGGCGCCGAAGCCCCUGACGCGCACCAAGCGCGUCAAGAUACCUCCCAUAUGGGUGGCCAACAAUCGCCGCACCCACGCCGCCCUGAUCUAUGUGUUCUUCCGCAACCAGACGACCGGAUUCCUGCCGCCCGAUCCGCCACCAGAGCCGCCGCACGUCAUCAUGGCCUUCGAGGCAUCCAAGCGCGAUGACAUCCUGGAGGUGAUGGAGACCAUCAAGGAUGACGUGCCACUUUACGGCUUCUUCACCAGCGACACGCCCGGCGAAGCGAAGCUCAUCACGAACUCGAUAUUCCGAUACGAUGACAUGAAGGAGACGGCGAAGACCGAUCGCUUCGUGCUCAAGGUCAACAAGGUGCUAUCGUACACGAUGCUCUCGCUGGUGCAGUUCGAGCCGACCUAUUGCAGCAGCAAUGUGGAAAAUGGUCGCCAGGACGCGCUCAAGUUCUUCCCGGAGGACUACAAGACCGACGAGGAGAUACCGCCCGACGUGGAGCCCAAGCCGAAGAAGCAAAAGAAGAAGGCCGCUUCCGCCCCCGAGCCAGCAGCCAAGACGCGUGAGUCACGCAAGUCGCGUGAGCCGUCCAAAAUUAAGCACGCCGAGCCUGCGGAAGCUGCAGCUGCCGCUCCCGCAGAAGGAGCACCCGCCGCGCCGCCAGAGGGCGAGGCUCCGGCUGGCGAGCCAGCGGCCCCGGCGGGCGAAGGCGCACCAGCCGAAGCACCACCAGCCGCGGACGCACCGCCGGCUGCACCACCGGCAGAGGAGGCGCCACAGCCCGCCGAGGCCGCCGAAGCAGCACCCGCUGCAGAGCCGCCCCCGGAGGAAGCCGCAGCUCCCGCUGCUCCCGCUGAGGCCGCCGAGCCACCGCCCGCCGAGGCGCCACCAGCAGAGGCAGCGCCGGAGCCUGCGCCAGCCGAAUAGUUCCAUUGUCUCUCA